AAAUUACUAUAUUAUAUACCUACCUACAACUACAAUUUGUUUAAACUUAUAUACCAAACAAACAAAUGUAUUCUUUAUAUGUUUAUAAAAUAUCUUGUAUGUAUAAGUGAACAAAAUAUAUAAAAACCAAACAGAAAAACAAAAUUAUCAGCUGCCAACUAGAAAAAACUAAAAUAUAUAACUACAACAAUAAUAAUAAUAACAAAAAUUACAACAAUUGUUACUACUACCUACAAAAACAAAUGAAAUGAAAUAAAUUCAAUUUCAUUUCAUUGCUGAAACAAAACUACCUCAAAGAAAGUUUAAAAAUUUAAUAAAUAGAAACAACAACAAAAAUAAAUAUUUUACUCUAAAAAAACAUUUUUUAUAUACAAAAAAAAAGUAAACAAAAAACCUCAAAAUAUAUAUUUUAUUUUUAUACAUACAUACAUACAUAUAUGUAUAUUUAUACAACAACAACAACUACUGCAACAACUACAACAACAUUCUAGUAAAAGAAGAAGAAACAGAAGACGUAAAGAAAAGCAAAAAAUAAAAAAUAAAAACUACAACUUUUAUGUAAAAGAUACAAACCAAAAUUAAACAUUAACAAAUUAAAUAAUAAAUAAAUUAAAUAAUUUGGUAAUCAUAUGUAAUAUACAUACAUACAUACAUACAUGCAAACACAUACUACAACAACUACAACCACAACAAUUACCAAAUAAAAAACUACACUGACAGAAAUUUCGUUUUAUAAAAUUUAAGGAAAUACAUGAAAAAAAGUGAAAAUAUUUUGAAUUUCGUGCUAAAAGUAAAAAAAACUAAAAAAAAAUUCCUUAAUAUUACAUUGAAUUAUAACUUUACAAUAAUUGUUAAGAAAUUUUCAAAAAAAAACUCCAUAUUUACAAAAAAAUUUAAAGAAUUUUUUUUAAAAAAAGUGUUAAAAUAAAAAAGUUUUUAAAACAAAUGAGAAAAACAGUUAAAAUUUUGUACUUUUUAUAUGCAUAAAUCCAACUUUAUAAAAAUUGUUGAACAAUUUUGAAUUAUUUUAAAACAAAUAGAAGAUUUGAAGAAAAACCUUAAAAAGAACUAUAAAAGAGAUAAAUUAUUAAAUUUGAAGAAGAAAAAACAACAACAACAACAUCUACAAAAAUUUGGAAGCUGAAAGAAACACAAAAUUUGCAGUCUAACUAUAUAGCUAUAAAAACAAAUACAAUAAAUAUAUGUAUACAUACAACAGCAACAACAACAACAACUUCAAAGACUCAUAUAUCAGCUGAAUUACAACAACAACAACCACAACAAGUAACAACAAAAUUAACUGCAUUAAACCAGGAAAAAAAGCAUACAACACGAAAAAAAAACUCCUCUGGGUCUGACUAAUCUUUUUUUUAUGAAUUACUCAUACUUUUUUUACAUACAACAGCAACCAAAACGUACUACAUUUCUACAUACAUAUAUAAACGUAAACGUAUGUAUAUAGUUUUAUUUUAUAUACAUUUUCAAUUCUCUACAACACUGCCACCAAGGAGACUUUUUUUUUAAAUAUACAGUUCUUGGUUACACUAGACAAUUUUUGCUAAAUCGUCAAAAAAAAAGAAAAAGAAAUAUUUUAGAAAAUUCGAAAUCACUUAAUAUCAACGUGUUGCCAACCAACGUCUGUCUGUCUCUCUAUAAAUGUAAGUGAGUGAUUAUGAUUAUUAUGAAAUUUGAACUUCAAAAUCCAAUACAUUUAACACAAAAGCAACCACAAGAACAGCAAAAUUUUUUGUAAAAAUUUUAUAAGAAAAAAGUUAUACAUAAAUUGAAUUGAACAUGAUUUGUGAAUCAUUUGGAAUCAAUGAUUUUAAAGCAGACGUUAUAGAAGAAGAUUUAGUAGAGAUACCAAUCACAACAACAACAACGGCAGCAGCAACAACUGGCGAAAUUACCAUAAAUCCCUAUAUGAUCACGGAUUUGGAGCAAUCGUUGAUCGAGGAAUUAAUCGAAGAAGAUUUCAAAGAAAUUAUAGAAGAAGACGAAGAACAAGCCCAAGAAGAAUUUGAAAAUAACUACAAUAUAAGAGAACAGCAACUGCUACAGCAGCGGCAACAACUACAACAACAACGUAUAAAAAUAGAAGAAAUAGCAAUAACUAAACAAGAAGUGGAAGACGUAGUAGAAGUAGAAGAAUUAACACAAAAUUCUUAUACAUAUGAAAGAUUAUUACUACAGCAACAACAACAACAAGAGCAACUGCAGCAGCAGCAACAACAACAAGAAAAAGCUUUAAUUAUACACUAUAAGGAAAAUUUAAUCAAAGCAAAAACACCAACAACAGCAGCGAAAAAAUUUAAAAAAACUUUAGCAGCAACUGCCAAUAUUAGUCAUAAUAAAGUUACAGCUGGUAACAUAUGUACAACAACAAAAGCAAAAAAUAAAUAUAAAAAACAACAAAACAACAAUAAAACUGGUACCACCAACAGCAACAACCAUCACAAUAUUUUUAAUAUUAACAGCAACAGUAACAGCAGUAAUACAAGCAAUACCAGCAGCACUGCUACAAAUAGCAACAUCAGCACUAGCACCAGCACCACCAGCAGCAGUAGUAAUAGCAAUAGCAACUUAAGUUUAACUAAAACCUCAAAUCUAAGUACAACAUCUACUACAAAAACCCUUAAUACCGAUGAUAAAAUAAAAAUAAAUUUUGAAAACAAUUUAAAUUUUAUAAAUUUCAAUAAAAACUUUACAAACAGCAACAGCAACAACAACAAUAACACAAAUAUAGUAAAUCAAAAUUUAUAUCAACAAACCACCAAAUCACCACAAAUUAUUGUUAAAAUGGAACAACAAUUGCAACAGCAGCAACAACAACAACAAUUGCAAAUGCAAAUGCAACAUCAACAGCAGCAGCAACAACUAAAUGUUGUCUUUGGCUCAGAACGUGUUAAUUUGAACUCAAGUACCCCGUAUUCAGAUGCAACUCAAACCAAGAAACAUUCACCCGGUCACAUUAAACGGCCCAUGAACGCAUUUAUGGUGUGGAGUCAAAUGGAGCGCCGAAAGAUUUGCGAAAAAACUCCCGAUCUACACAAUGCCGAGAUCUCAAAGGAAUUGGGCCGCAGAUGGCAACAGUUGGGCAAGGAGGAGAAACAACCGUACAUUAGCGAAGCGGAAAAGCUGCGCAAGCUACACAUGAUCGAGUAUCCCAACUAUAAAUAUCGGCCACAAAAGAAACUUUCACGCGCCAAUUCGGCCGGUGGCAAGGCGGCUGCUGACGACAGCAACAAUGAAUUGAAUUCCUCUUCCUCGUCCACCAAUUCGCAAAGAUCACAAAAUACAUCAAACACAACAACAGCAACAACAGCGGCCCCAAAGGCCACACGUAAAACCAAAAGGAAUUCCACAAGCAGCACAACCACCACCAAUUCCCUGAAUUAUGCCAGCAAUGGUUCAUCGCCCCCGUUCAAGAAACAAAGACACAACAGUACCAAAUCUCUUAAUCUGAGUACGGAUUAUGAAGAUGACGAUGUGAUGGUGGAUGCGGGUCACCAUCAUCAGCACAAUUUGGAUAUUGGCAGUAGUUAUUUGAAUGCCACGACGACAGCUGGCAGUGAUUACAAUACGAUUACCUCAAGCAAUUUUUACACCUCAGACGAUCUGAAUGCGGAUCUCAAUAAGAAUGUGAUGCUACAUGUUACCAAUAUGGAUGACAAUCAAACACAAAGACUUCCGGGUUUGACAAGUUUAACGGCUGGCUCGUUGCACUUCAAGACCGAACCGGAUACAAAGUAUGACGAUAAUUUUAUGAAAUUAAUGAAUCCUGAUAGCUUUUUUGAAAACUCGAUAGAAAUGAAAGAAACAGACUGUGAUGGCUUAGCGGAUGUGUGUCCAAAAUUAGGCCAAUUGAUAACAUUGAUAAAUCCUUCCACGGACCUGCAUACUACUCCAAAUUCCCACAACACUCACCAACACCAACAACACCACCAACAACAACAACAUCAGCAGCAACAUCAAUCACAACAACAACAACAACGUUACGUAAAUGAUCUCAUUGAUGGCUCAUUCGAUGCGGAUGAUAAUGGCGGCGGCAGCAUUGUCAAUAAUGAUGCCAACCUGCAUCCAGCCAGUCAGCAGUAUUCAAAUCUUAAGUUUUCCCUUUUCAACUGCGAUAAUCUUAGCAACAAUGCCGACCUGCAGUCAACUGCCCAUAACACAUCUAGUAAUUUAUAUAUAUGUGAUGAUAUUCUUAGAAUUGACGAUGAAUCGUCCCAACAGCAGACGGACCACCACCACGAAUGUUUCACAACACUCUCAUGCACAAGUGCUAAUUGUAAAAAUAACAAUUGCAGCAACAAAACAAACCAAAAUCAACAGAAUAGUGCUAAAGACAACGCCGAUCUACAGCAACAGCAGCCACAGCCACAACAGCACAGCCAUCAUCAGCACCAUCACCACCAACAUCACCAUCAUCUCAGCAGCAGCAAUGGCGGCGGCGGCGGAGGGGGCGUCGAUGCUAACAAUGACUCGACACAAAUGUUCUCGUUACCUCCACAGCAGACGGUGACAAUGAACAUUGAAAUACACAACGGCAUUGGACACUGCGUAAAUAAGGAUGACUCAACAACAUUCCAUCUAGACGAUAAUAUGGCCAACGCCAUAUCCAACACCACGGUAACAAUACCCUCUUGCUCGAGCGACGAGUGCUGUAUGCUCAGCCAGCACUCAACCCAUCACCAUUCACCCCAUAUGGGUUUCUGUGGCCAUUCGGCGUUCGCUGGCACCUCCGUCGAGGCAACGGUUAGUAGUAUUUUCAAUCCCGAUCACAAUUGUGAUUCGGAGCCCAACAUCAAUGCGGGCCAUCAACAAAGUGAUCUCAACUAUACGACAUUUGAUACAAAUCGCACCCUGUUCGAUUUUACUCACGAUGAUUUACCACCAUCUCAAUCUAUAAGUAGCCAUUUAGAAUUUAAUUAUGAUUCUAGUUUCCAAAACUGAACUAACAAAUAAAUAUUUCAAAAAUAAAUCCUAGUUUUAAGCAAACAUGAUGUCUCAGCCGAGUUUACACUCCGGAUCGAAUGUUAAUUGGAUGAUGGGUUUUAGCAUUAGGAAUUUGUUUUCAAAAGAAUACGGCCACACAGUUUAACCAACAACAUGAAAUUUUUAACUAAAUUUGUUGACACAUUUUGUAAAAUUGUAUCUUAAAUGCUGCCAUUUUAUUGUAAUUUUCAAUUUUCUAAAACCAAAUUUAGCAGUUGUUUCAUAUUUUUUCUAUUUAUCUAUGUAUGUUUUGAGUGGAUUCAAGUUUGUUUUAAGUUUAAACUUAGUUUAAACGUUGAAUAGUUGUGAUAUCUUUGAUUGUUGGUUAAACUGCGAGCUUUAGUGAAUUAAACUGUGAUGAAACUUUGUUGUUAGUAUAAAAAAAAGGGGUUUUCCUAAAAUAAAAAAAAAUAAAUAAAAAGUAUUCCAAUCUAAGGGAUUUAAAAACAAACCUGCAAAGCUGUUUCGAUGCCAGUGUAAAACGGUUAAAGUGGCAUAUAAAUAUUUUUUUUUACAUAAAUAAAUUAGUCUUAAAAUAAAAAAUAAAAUAAAAACUUUAAAAUAAUUUCUAAACAUAAAACUACCGAUCUACAUCUAUAUCUAUGUGUAUUUUCUUAUUUUUUAUAUAAAAUUCUAGUUUUACGAGUAGAGAUAUAUGUAUACAUAAAUAGAUAUAGUUAUUAUUGCUAUAAAAUAUAAUUAUUAUUCAUAUUCAUAUACAUAUACAAUACAUGCAUAAUUUUUAAUUAUAUAAUAUAUAAAAAUAUAAAAUUAAUUUUAAGUUUUAAAUAUACUUAUGUACAUGCAGACAACAUACCUACAUACAUAUAUAUUCAUACUUAUAUUAUAAAUCUAAUAUUUUACAGAAAAAUAUUAAUUUUAAUUUUAUUAUACAUAUUAAUAAUUAUAAUUAUAUUGUAAUUAACUUCUUUUCCCUGAGAAAUUGAAGCUGAAAUUAAACCCCUCCUCCCUUAAAAAAUUCAAGUCUUCUUUACUUGCUUUGAAAGAAAACCCAAAACAAACAAAAAUUAUAAAAUUUUAUAAAAAUAUAUAUAAAGUUUUUUUUAUUAUAUCCAUUAAUUAAUUAAUUAAAAUUAUUAUAAAUAUUCUUAUACCAACAACGUAUGUAGUAGUUUUUAUAAGUUUUUAAAACCAUUAAAUUUUACAUUUUCCAAAACCAUCUCUUCCUCCCCAUCCCCACGACCCUAUUUUUAAUCAGAAAUUCUGCAUAAAACUUAUUAUUAUAAAUAUAAAGGAAAAACAAAAAAUCUAUUUCAAAUAAAUUUGAAUUGAAAUUUAUAUAAAAAAUAUAUGAAAAAUUACAAAAAAAAAAAACAA